AUGACCUCGAUCUUUGUCAACCAGGCCGGAGACGGUGUUGGGGGUACACAACUUCAAUUUUACGAGGCUGGCGACGCCUUUUGGAAGGACCCACGAUACAUACCCUUGCUUCUAUCCGGAAUUUUCUCCUUCUCCCAGUUGACGCACGCUGUGUGCAGCCGCUUCAAGUACGGAAGGAGACCAAACGAGGCAGCCGCGUCAACGGAGGAGCGUAGGGGAUUUCUUGCAAGGUGGCGCUGGCACAUUCAUUUACAUGGAGGAUAUGUAAUCUAUGCGUAUAUGGUUGCUCGUUUGGUGGGUUCGGUCGCGUUACUGUAUAUUUUCUUUACUACCGCCAUUGCCGACUGCGAGAAGGCCGCUGGGAACAAUGGGUGGACGUUUUUUCCGUUAUGUGUUCAGACAGCUCUGACCAUUGCACAUGCCUACGCGACCUUAUUAGCCGUAACAACCUUCUCCCUGAAUUUCAGGCCAUUAGCUCCAGCCAGAUUCCAUGUCACCAUUCUCUGUUCCAUUCUUGCAAUAUACGCUUACCGCGAUAUCUGGCCCCUGGCAAACUAUGGCUCAGUUCCAAAAGAUCAAGCGGAAGGGAAUAUCCUCUGGGUUAAGAUUGCGCUUCUUGUCGUCACAGGAGUGAUCAUUCCUUUGUUCAUACCCCAUCCAUAUGUUCCAGUGGACCCUAAGAAUCCUUCUCCUGUUCCCAACCCCGAGCAAACUGCUUCAUGGAUCUCAGCAUUAACAUAUACAUACGCGGACCCUAUUAUCAUUUUGGCAAACAAGGUCGCUCAUCUUCGACACGACCAGUUGCCACCGCUAUCCGAUUACGACUUUGCUCAGUAUCUUUCGGAAAGCGCUGCCAAGGUAUGUAUUGUAUUUCACGGGUUAAUGAGUUUUGUUGCCCCUAUCGGCAUCAACAAGACACUCAACUAUCUGGAAAACCGUCAAUUCGGUACCGAUUCUUCUGUAAAACCCUGGGUCUGGGUCUUAUUCAUGUUCGUCGGGCCCGUCGCGCAGUCUGGUUUUGAGCAUUGGAAUCUUUAUAUCCAAACCCAGGCUCGAGUGCGUCUGCAAGCAGUGUUGACUCAGCUCUUCUUUGAGCACAGUCUGCGCAUCAGGAUGAAAGCUGAAACUUCAAAUGACGGUGUCGAAUCCACACCGACGCCGUCCGAGGCAGGGGAUAAUCGCAGUGUCGUAGGUGGCGAGAGCAUUGCAUCGGUGGAGGAAACGGGGCCAAAUCAAAGCCGCGAGGAUGCUGAGAGUCAGAUUACGCAGGCUUCGACUGCUGUCGGGACCACCGAAGCGUCGGCUUCUACUGUGCAAGAUAACACGCCUGAGAGUUCUGGACAGGCAAAACCCCAAGCGGAUGAAGGGCCCCCAGUGAAGAAGAGCUCCGGGGAUGCCGAGAAUCUUAUCGGGAAGAUUAACAAUUUGGUAACGAGCGACCUGGAAAAUAUGGUGGAGGGCUGCGAUUUCCCUUCAUUUAUUAUUCUUGUACCAUUGCAGAUCACAUUUGCGAUUAUCUUCCUCUAUAAUAUUCUUGGUUGGAGUGCCAUAGCUGGUCUCUUUACUACUAUUGCCCUUAGUCCUAUCGCUGGCUAUUUUGGGAAAAUCGUUCAGGACGUACAAGUGACGAAAAUGAAGCUUACUGACGCCAGGGUUCAGACCAUUUCUGAGGCUGUCGGAGUUCUGCGUAUGAUUAAAUUAUUUGGUUGGGAAGGGAAGAUGACGAAUCGCUUGGAUGCUAAGCGUGAAGAAGAGCUUUCGUGGCUUUGGAAACUAAAGCAACUCAGGCUCGUCAAUGAACUAUCCAGCAUGCUCGCUCCAAUGUUAUCAAUGAUGGUCACCUAUGCAUCUUACACUGUGGUUAUGAAAGAAGGUCUAACUGCAUCUAAAAUUUUCUCGAGCAUGGCCGUUUUCUCUAUUCUCCAGGAACAACUCCACAGAAUAUCCUGGCAGUAUUCUUUGUUGAUUGAAGCCAAGGUUUCCUUAGAUCGCGCCAACUCCUUUUUGCAGAACAGCGAACUUCUGGACAGGUAUGCAAAGCAGCAUGAUCCGUCCUCGUCAUUCCUUUUGCCCGAAGAGGAAGCCGACGAUGAACGUGCAACGGAGAUUGGCUUCAAGAAUGCGACGUUCUCCUGGUCUGAUGAGGAGAACGAUGGAUCACUUACCCCUUCAAGCAGGAAGUACAGACUUCAUGUCGAAGGAGAGUUGUUAUUCAAACGAAAUUGUAUUAAUUUGAUCAUUGGACCUACCGGUUCCGGAAAGACGUCUAUGCUUAUGGCUUUGUUAGGCGAGAUGCACUUCUUACCCUCGCAAGCCGACUCCUGGUAUAACCUUCCUCGAGCGGGCGGCAUUGCAUAUGCUGCGCAAGAAUCAUGGGUUCAAAACGCAACGAUUCGUGAGAAUAUUGUCUUCGGGUCUCCAUUCGAUGAAGAGCGCUACGCGCAAGUAAUAAAACAAUGUGCUCUGGAACACGAUCUUACUCUCUUCGAUGCUGGUGAUAAUACGGAGGUCGGUGAACGAGGUUUGACAUUGAGCGGUGGCCAAAAGGCCCGAGUCACACUUGCGAGAGCUAUCUACUCGUCGGCAGAAAUCAUCCUCUUGGAUGAUGUGCUUGCCGCGUUGGAUGUCCAUACGUCGGCUUGGAUCAUCGAUAAUUGUUUCCGAGGAGACCUUGUGAAAGGCCGUACGAUCUUGUUGGUUACUCAUAAUGUCGCUUUGGCCGGACCCGUUGCAGAAUAUAUCAUUACUAUGGGGUUGGAUGGCAGCAUCGUUACUCGCCAUAAUGAAGUUACUCCCCUAACAAAAGUCGAAGAAGUUCUGGCUGAAAAUAUCGACGAUGCGGCGGAGAUCUCUCAGGAGGAACACGCUGACAAGGCGGCACCCACAGCAGCUAAAGAUGGCAAGCUUGUUAUGGCGGAAGAAAUCGUUCAGGGUCAUAUCACAUGGAAAUCUAUCAAAUUGCUCCUGUCAGGACUAGCCGGAAACCGGCCUAUCGUAUUUUGUCUACUCUGGAUUGGAGGAUUGAUUGCAUCUGAAAGCAUCUCUAUGUUCUCGCCGUGGUUCCUUGGUUUAUGGGGAUCUCAAUAUGAAAGACACGCACCAUCUGAUGUCAACCUUCUAUAUUACCUAUCCAUCUUUGCAACCGUUCUUUUGUUGCGGCUCACCAUAUACGCUGCAGUGAACUUCUACUACCAGUGGCGCUCCGUCAAAGCGUCAAAGGUUAUACAUGCAAAGAUCGUUGAUUCAGUAUUUUCGAGUACAUUGCGGUGGCUGGAUGAGACACCCACAGCUCGUAUCAUCGCGCGAUGUACCCAAGAUAUCCGUACCGUUGACGGUCCAAUUUCACAGUCGCUCAUGUGGGUUGUACAGCAAUUCAUUGGGAUGUUCAUCUCUCUAGGGAGCAUAGUGUUAUUUACGCCAGUUUUUUUGCUGCCUGGUGUCGUGGUCGCGAUAUCUGGAAUUGUCGUGGGAAACUUAUACCUAAAAGCCCAGCUUUCCCUCAAGAGAGAGAUGAGCAAUGCACGAUCCCCGUUGUUGGCUCACUUCAGCGCUGCAAUCCAUGGCCUUGUCUCGAUUCGCGCGUAUGGCGCACAGAGGGCUUUUGCUCAUGAGUCAUACAAACGCAUCAACCAUUACUCUCGCACAGCUCGAACAUCAUGGACCAUCAAUAGAUGGGUCGGGUUCCGAAUUGAUACACUGGGCGCAUUGUUCACAUCGGCACUCGCACUAUAUCUCGUAUAUGCAUCCAGUACUAACGCAGCGAACACCGGAUUUUCACUCAAUAUGGCUGUUAGGUUCUGUCUCUACAUCUUUUGGCUGAUUCGGAUUUUCAAUGAACUUGAGGUGGAGUCGAACAGCUUGGAGCGUAUACAAGGGUACAUUGAUAUCGAGCACGAGCCCAAACCGACACCAUCUGGGUUGCCACCUGCCGCCUGGCCAAUGAGUGGUGAUGUCCGCGUCGAAAAUCUAUCUGCUCGUUAUUCUCAGACUGGUCCCAAAGUUCUGCACAAUCUUUCGUUCCACAUUUCUUCCGUCGGCCGCACUGGCAGCGGAAAGAGUUCCCUUACCCUCGCUCUGUUGAGGUGCAUCCUGACGGAGGGCACUGUGUUUUAUGAUGGCAUUGCUACCAACACUCUUAACCUUGAUGCAUUGAGGUCGAAUAUCACAAUUAUUCCGCAAACACCCGAACUUCUCAGCGGCACCCUUCGUCAAAAUCUCGAUCCUUUCGAUCAAAAUGAUGAUGCUACUUUGAACGAUGCUCUUCGAGCUUCUGGCUUGUUCUCGUUGCAGGAAGAAGCAGGGGAAGCCAGUCUCACUUUGGAUAGUAAAAUUGCAGGUGGUGGAAACAACCUUUCAGUUGGUCAGAGACAGAUCAUUGCACUCGCCAGGGCCAUGGUUCGCGGUAGCAAGUUAUUGAUUCUGGAUGAAGCAACAUCGGCGAUUGACUAUAAAACGGAUGCUGUGAUUCAGAGUACUCUCCGGAGUAAGCUUGGUGCCGAUGUGACUGUGAUCACUGUUGCCCAUAGGCUCCAGACAAUAAUGGACGCCGACAAAAUUAUGGUUCUUGAUAACGGAAAAAUUGCCGAAUUUGACUCCCCGAGAAUUUUGUUAGAACGCCCACAAGGCAUCCUUCGAGCAUUAGUCGAUGGAAGCGGAGAUCAAGCAAUUCUACACGAAUUGGCAGGAUACAAAGAGAGAGAGACUUGA